AUGGAGUUUAACAGUUUUGUCUGGCACCGUCGUCGUUUGGACCUUCAACGGACCGUGUUAAAUGACGAGCGUUUGUAUUAUAUUGCGCCACAGCAGCCGCUGCUGCGCAACGAGGAUGAUUAUCAGGAUACAGCUGGGGCGCUGAUGUACAAUAGCAGCUCGACUGAGCUGUCCUUGGGCGCUGAGGACGCCGACUACAUAUCGUCCACGCCCGCAACAGAGCACUUCAAUGUUACCGUAUUGCUAAACUUCAGCUGCACUGAUGUCAGCUCUCAUUCGGAUGAUCUGUGGUCCAGCGACUACUUCAAGAGCGUCGUCUACCUGCUCUAUAUACCCAUCUUUAUAUUUGCGCUGCUGGGCAACGGCAUCGUCUGCUACAUUGUGCAGUCCACGCCGCGCAUGCGCACGGUUACCAAUUAUUUUAUAGCCAAUUUGGCGCUGGGUGACAUACUGAUGUCCCUCUUCUGUGUGCCCUCCUCGUUUAUCUCGCAGUACAUUCUCAACUACUGGCCAUUUGGCAUUGUCCUGUGCCACUUUGUCAACUACUCGCAGGUGGUCUCCGUCCUGGUCAGCGCCUACACUCUGGUGGCUAUCAGUAUUGAUCGUUACAUAGCCAUCAUGUGGCCCCUGCGUCCACGCAUCACAAAGCGCUACGCCAAAUUUAUUAUCGCUGGUGUUUGGUUUAUUGCGCUGGCAACUGCAUUUCCCAUACCCGUCGUCUCCCGCCUGAUGGUGCCCAGCUCCAUAUGGCACGAGAAAUGCGAAAAAUACAUCUGUCGCGAGGUCUGGCCCUCGACCGAACAGGAUUACUACUAUACGCUGGCGCUGUUCACGCUGCAGUUCAUCGUGCCACUGCUGGUGCUAAUAUUCACCUAUACUCGGAUUGCCAUCGCCGUGUGGGGCAAGCGGCCGCCGGGCGAGGCGGAGAAUUCGCGCGACCAGCGCAUGGCGCGCUCCAAGCGCAAGAUGAUUAAAAUGAUGCUGACUGUUGUAAUUGUAUUCACCAGCUGCUGGCUACCAUUCAACAUACUACAGCUGAUGCUUAACGAUGAGGAGUUCGCCAAUUGGAAACCGUUGCCCUAUGUGUGGUUCGCCUUUCACUGGCUGGCCAUGUCGCACAGCUGCUACAAUCCGAUCAUCUAUUGCUAUAUGAAUGCCCGUUUCCGUGGCGGAUUCCUACAAAUAAUGUACCGUGUGCCCGGCCUGCGGCGCUGCUGCUGUUUGCAUCGAUAUUUGCGCAGUCGCGGCGAGCGCAGCUAUGAAGCAACCGGAACCGAAGAUGCAUUCCACCUACAUCGUGUGAACACGUGCACCACCUACAUCAGCACAAGACGAAAGCUGCGCACGAAUUCUAUGCAAAUGAGCCAAUUUUCAUGUGCCGAGACCACAGUGUUGCGGUAGCUCCCGGCACCGCGCAGGAGCCAAAACCAAGGCUCCAGCCACGCCAACCAACUGGUGCAUUUCACCUGAACAGCGCCAGCUACCUGAGCUCCACACAGUUUUGAAAUACAGAAGCUUAAAAUAAAUGAGUUUGAACCAAAGA